UCCGCCUUGCGCGCGUGAGCAGAGGUGCGGCGCGCGCUCACUCAGCUGGCAGGAAGCAUCACCGUCACCGCCGUCGGCGCCACUUUACGGCACUUUGUACUGGUCCAGUCUUCAGACUAAACCUUUAGAUUAUCCGUACAUUUUUAUUUCCGUUCUUUUUAUGAGUUAAAUCCCCGCCUGUUGAUGUUUCUGUCGGAGUUGGGAUGGACUCGGGUGUUUUUAUGGAAACAGGCCGGCGCGUCUUAUUAUUAACAGGAAGGUAACUGUUGUACAUUUAGAGCGUCAUAAUAAAAUGAGGGACCGACUGGCGGAGCUGAAGUCGGGGAGGCCCAGUGAUGAGGAAGAUGGCAGCGUGGCUGUUUCUGUGGAUCGAGGUGGCUUUAUGGAGGGCUUUUUUAAAAAGGUGGAGGAGGUCAGGAGCAUCAUCGAUAAGAUUUCCUCGCAGGUGAACGAGGUGAAGAAGAAGCACAGCAUGAUCCUCUCCGCGCCCAACCCUGACGAAAGGACCAAAGAGGAGCUUGAGCAGCUGACGGUUGAAAUUAAAACAAACGCCAAUGUGGUGCGGACCAAACUCAAAUCUAUGCAGCAGAGUUUGCCUCCUGAAGACCAAGCCAACCAUGCCUCGGUGGACGAGCGCAUUCAGAGGACACAGUACGCGGUCUUGUCUCGGAAGUUCGUCGAGGUCAUGACCAAGUACAACGACACACAGGUCUCCUUCAGAGAGCACAGCAAGGGCAGGAUCCAGAGACAGCUGGAGAUCACUGGAAGGAAGACCACGGAUGAGGAGCUGGAGGACAUGCUGGAGAGCGGGAAUCCUUCCAUUUUUACCUCAGAUAUCAUCUUGGACUCGCAGAUAACCCGGCAGGCCCUGAACGAGAUUGAGUCACGGCACAAGGAUAUCAUGCGGCUCGAGUCCAGCAUCAAAGAGCUCCACAGCAUGUUUAUGGACAUAGCCAUGCUCGUAGAGACACAGGGUGAGAUGAUCGAUAACAUAGAGAACAAUGUGAAGAAUGCAGGGGAGUAUGUAGUCAAAGCUAACCAGGAGGUGAAGAAAGCUGUGAGGUACCAGAAGAGCGCCCGGCGGAAAUAUUUUAUUUUGGCUCUCAUCUUGCUUGUGGUAAUCGGUGUUCUUGCGCUGAUCAUCGGCCUUUCCGUGGGUUUGUCAUCUAAAUCUACAGUAACUGCCGCCUCCUCUAUCACUGCAACAAACAAACCAGCUUAAGCAUGCCUUCUGCACUAACACACUGACCAAGCAGAAAAAUCAAGUAUGUUGCCAUUUGCGGAGUGAUGUGCCUUGUUCUUCUGCUCAUCAUUAUUGUUGGAGUGUUUGGUAAAUAGUCGCCAAGACUCUGAUCGAAGAAGUCCAGAACCUUUAGCGCUAAGCAUACAGAUUUGUAUUUAGUGGUUUUGCUACUAGUAAGAUUUUUCUAAUCUUAUUGCUCGUGUUUAUACUUUUGGAGGUUUUUCCACAUUUCUCCAGGAGCUGAGGUUUAAUACUUUGUUACUGUGAUGUUUUGCCAUGUGGCCAGGUUUUUUUCUUCCUCUUAUUAAGAGAUAAUCUAUAAGCUCUGGAUUUACAAAACACAAAUGGAAAAAAAUAUUUUUUUCCCAUAUUUUGUCCAUAUUUUUGUCCAAGAAUAAAAUGAAGGCAGUGUACACAACAAGGACAUUUGAUACAGGGUAAUGAAGCUGAUGCUCCACAUUAGUAUCAGAUGAAGCCCAGAGUUUGAAGGUGGGAUUAAAUGUGUUCAAGAAAGAUUUGGUUACAUCCACCACCACAAGCAACGAUGACAGGUUUAGUGCUCCUUGGUAUAAAUUCUUCAAGUCUCUUGAGCUGUAAGGUAUCCCCAGGAACAACACCAGGUUAUCCAUAAGAUCUUUCCUCAGUCUGUGUUCCUGAUCAUCAUCUAGGGGAGCGCUCUUCUUUUUUUACUUGUUGCUCCAAAAUCCCCUUUAUUUGUUUGUCUGGGUCAAGAUCUGCUGAGCUGAAAGGCUGUAGUGUUUUAUUUACAAUGUUAUUAAUUUAGGACAGCAUCCUCUACUCAGUGGAUUAAUGCGAGUCAUCCUGGAAAAGGCCACGCCUUUGAUGAAAGAAUAGUCCUUGUGGGAUAAAUUUGAUGAGUCAAAAAGAACUGGAAGUUUGAUUUGCUUGCCUCUAACCAUUGUAAUGAAAAUAAAUAAUGAAAGUAAUUAAAUAGAACGUACACACGUAUUAUUAAUAUUAGACUGGUAAGCUGGUCAGGAUUCUUCCCUCCAGGAAAAUUUAUAAGAACAUAUAAAUUUAAUUUUGUUUUAUCUUUCUAAAAGGAAAGAACAUAACUUAGUGUGUAUAAUAAUUAGCUUUAUAAACCUUGUUUAUGGAAAUGUAUUAGUUCUCUCUAUCUGGAAUGGUUUACUGAAGCCUGUUGUCAUUUGGUGCAACGUCUUGUUUUUUGGGUCUGCUUUACCUUUGCAUCACACUCAUGAAGCUGAAACAGAAGUUACUGCUUUGUGUGUCUUCAUACAUCUUUUUCUAAAUCUGUUUCACAAGCUUCUGGAAAACUCUGGAUUUCCAAUCAGGUUUCACAUGUUUACAUCUUGUUCACUGCUCAGCGUGGCCUUGUUUAAAACUUGCUGAUCGAAUGUGGGUUGACAUUCUUUGUCUUGUAAAAUCACUGAUCCUCCUUACUUUGUGUCCUAAACUGUACGUAAUAAUAAUUCUGCCUAAGAGUUGCACAGUUGAAUAGUGUUCUUGUUUCGCAGCACUAUGAUGGGCAACAUCACUUGCUGUCUUGUAAAAUCUCAACGAAGACUACAGAUGCUGACGCAAUCCCAAAAUAUGCACUUGAUACUGUAGUGCAGAAUACACACUGAAAGUGCACUUAAUAUUUAGCCAAAUGUUGAAAAAAAAUAUGAUAUAAAUAUGAUGAGUGAUGGUGCGAAGAGUCACAGCACACUGUAAAUGCGGUCAUUUUGUAUCAGGGAUAUGAGAUUUUCAUACAGAAUUUGGUUUAUACCUCCAAUCUGGUUUGGAAAAAAUUUACAAAUAGCAAUGAUUUUUUUUUUUUUUUUGUAAAGUCUGUCUGCUGGGUGUUUCAGGGAUGGAAGGCCAAUAUCAGACCUUUGCACUCCUUGAAACUUUCUUUGAGAAAUUUUUUUGGCUGUACUGAAUGCUUCUAUAGCUAUGUAUGUAAAAGUAAAUUUCUGUAAUUAAAAUUAAAUUGUGCAAUG